AGUUACACCUCCAGUCCCGGCAUAAACGCUUUGGAUGUAUCCAGAAGCAAAAAUCAAUCUUACAUAUCUGGACCGAACAUCUAACAAAGCGGUGAUUUACAGCAGCAUGGAUGGUCGUAGCUGUUAACAUGACCACAGAUGAGGUGGAAAUUCACCAGGAAAAGACAAAGCAGGAGGAGGAAGAUGGCCAGGAUUCUUACAUGCAUUCUCCCGAGGAUGAAAACCGUCAGUCUCAAAAUCGAAAUUCUACUGGUCGUGGUCUCUCACGUCUCUUCUCCUCCCUCUUGAAACGGCGUUCACAAUGUGACAGUGAGUGGGGUCAGAGGGAAGAUGAGGAAGAUGAAGCAAAAGCUCCAAUUGCUGACCCUGAACCCGAACUGAAAAUAGAAGGAGAGGUUGCCUUGGACCAGCAUUCAAUCAGCAGUGCAGAAGCUCAGGCACAGAAGAAAGAUGUCAACAAGGAGAUGACUGAAAAGGUGAAGGAAAACAAUGACGAAAAGGGAGAGGCAGCUGUUCUGGACAAGGAGGAGGAGGGCAAAGAAAAGAAAUUGGGUCCUGAAAGAAAGGGUAAGGCAUAUAAGGAGAAAAUCACAGAGGAGGAGGCCAAAACAGCCAGCGCUCCACGCCGACUAAAGACACUGCAGAUCAAAGUCUCACUGCUGGAUGACGCUCUGUUUGAGUGCGAGUUGGAUAAACAUGCCAAAGGCCAGGAACUGUUCAUGAAGGUCUGUGACCACCUCAAUCUGCUAGAGAAAGACUAUUAUGGCCUAGCCAUCUGGGAGACCCCCACUAUGAAGACCUGGAUGGAUUUGGCCAAAGAGAUUCGCCGACAGGUGCAAGGUGCCAAUUAUAAUUUCACUUUUAAUGUGAAAUUUUACCCACCAGACCCUGCCCAGCUGUCAGAGGACAUAACGAGGUACUACCUGUGUCUACAGCUGCGGAAAGACAUUCUACAAGGCCGCCUUCCUUGCUCCUUUGUCACCCUGGCUCUGCUGGGCUCCUACGCCCUGCAGUCAGAGCUGGGCGAGUAUGACCCUGAGGUGCAUGGCAAUGAUUAUGCUAAGGAGAUGAAAAUGGCCUCAGGCCAGACAAAAGAGCUGGAGGACAAAAUGAUGGAGCUGCAUCAUACAUAUAGGACAAUCAGUCCCGCCCAGGCAGACCUGAUGUUUUUGGAGAAUGCCAAAAAACUCUCUAUGUAUGGUGUGGACCUUCACCAUGCAAAGGACCUGGAUGGUGUUGACAUCAUGCUGGGAGUGUGCUCCAGUGGCCUGAUGGUGUACAAAGAUAAAUUGAGAAUUAACCGUUUCCCGUGGCCCAAAGUCCUUAAGGUGUCCUAUAAGCACAGCAGCUUCUUUAUUAAAAUACGACCAUCUGAGACAGAACAAUAUGAGAGUGCAAUUGGUUUCAAACUUCCUAAUUAUAAGGCCGCCAAGAAGCUGUGGAAAGUAUGUGUUGAACAUCACACCUUCUUUAGGUUAACUUCCACUGAGAUGGCCACCACCCCGAGAAAGUUCCUGGCACUGGGCUCAAAAUUUCGUUACAGUGGUAGGACUCAGGCCCAGACCAGACAGGCUAGCUCUCUGAUUGAUAGACCAGCUCCUAUGUUCCAGCGCUCUUCCAGCAAGAGGAAUUCACACAGUCUGGAUGGAGCUAUGGCUACUACUCCUGACAACAAAUCCAAUCGUCCAGUCAGUGCCCCUGUUAUGUCACCAGCCUCUCCAGGUGAAGCAAGGCCAUCACCAUUGCUACCCACACUGCCUCACCCUAACCAUCUUGAUGGCUCCACACCCAAAUGUCAACGGCAUAUAGAUUGGAAGAGGGAGCUAAAGACAGAAUGUAGGCCAGAGCACACUAAGAGUCACAGCUCAAAACCACAGUCUGCUUCGGAGAUUAAGACUGUUGCCAGGAGAGAGCGGAGGCACUCCCCAUCCGUGACCAAUAGGGAGAAAAAGUGCCAGCUCUCUGCUCAGGAUAAAAAGAUGGAAUUGGUUCGAGUAAGAAAGAAGAGACCCAAGAGACUUGAGGGUGAAACUAUUUAUAUCAGACAUAGCAAUUUAAUGUUGGAGCUCAACCCAAAAUGGUUUGCAUGCACCAUUUUCCUCUCUGAUUGCCAUGACCUAGAUAAGACCCAAACUGAGAUAAUGCGUCACCAUACUAGUAUCAGUGAGCUCAAGCGAAGUUUUAUGGAGUCAGUACCUGAACCUCGCCCUAGUGAAUGGGACAAACGUCUUUCUACCAACUCGCCGCUCCGCACAGUAUGCCUCAAUGGCCAGCUGCAACCAGCGUCUCCAGUGCUAAGGGCCCAGACAGUCACCAUCUCAGACAUCACCAGCUCUAUAAGAGGAACUGUGACUUACAAGGACAUUCCGUUAGUUCACACUGAAACUAAGACCAUCACAUAUGAGUCAGCACAGCCUGUGGAAAACCUAGCAGAGAAGGAUUCAGGAGUGCUGCUGAGUGCCCAGACCAUCACCUCUGAGACUAUCAGCACCACCACCACAACCCAGAUCACUAAGACGGUGAAAGGAGGUAUAUCUGAGACCCGAAUAGAGAAGAGAAUUGUCAUCACUGGAGACACUGCAAUUGAUCAUGACAAGGCUUUGGCUCAGGCUAUUAAAGAGGCAAAGGAGCAGCACCCAGAUAUGUCUGUUACCAAAGUGGUUGUACACCAGGAAACAGAGAUAACUCCAGAUUAAGAAGCCUACUCAGAUGCCCCCUCUUCAUUGUCUUAUGUCUCCAUAACAACAUUUUACCUCAGCAACCCCAGUCAUCACAUUCAGCUGCCCUGCCUUUGGCAUGACAAACCAGACCUUAUCAGAGGAAGGAGGCUUCAGCAGUGAAUCAAGUUUUACUUCCAAGAGUUGCGUUUUGGUUGAAGGAGACAGCUACCAGAAAGUUUCCAAGAGCCUUUCCAGAAUUUCCAACAACCCCCUAUUAUUGCAUUUUAUGCCUUCAAAGCAUCUCCUAAAGUUUUGAAUAAAAAUGAUAUUCAAAAAAUAAACUUUUUCAUAUUAAUAGGAGUCUAACAAUGUGGAUUUAUUCCUCUCCCAUUUGUGUGGAGAUUUUAUGAAAAAAAUGUUAAAAGCAUUUGGUCUUUUAAACUUGAGAUUCUUGCUUUAUUUUUCUACAACUUUUCUUACCAUCACAUUUGGUUACCAAAAUGUUGGAAGUCAGUUUUCCACAAAGUGCUGAAAACUGCACUGAAAAAGGAAUUGGAGAUACUACAAGUUGGGACUGGAGCAUUCCUCUGAAUGUUUUUGAGUUUGUGAUACUUCAUGUAAAGUAAAUACUUUAUUUUCCCUCGUAAUGUGUUAAGAUAUUUGUUUGAUUUAUCAAAACAGGGCAUUGAAUUUGCUGGAGUAAUUACUUCUGUAAUACUAUAUUUAAAAUUUGGCUUCAAAAUAUAUGUAGUUAUUUUUGACAUCCUUUGACUGUUUCAGCUGUUGUUGUUGUGCUUGUGUCACACUAACUGGAGAUUUUUGAAGAUCACGUAGUACUAAGACUAUCUUCCUUUAUUUAUUACCAUCACUGUAUUUUUGUGUGUUUUAUUGUUUAGAUUUAGACUGAAUAGUGUUUGAUUCCCUGGCUGUUUAUUGAGACCCGAUUGUCAAAUAGACUUCUCUCCCUUUUUACUGAGCAGUGCAUCAUUUCAGUAUUGCUAAAUUAAUUUCACAUUUAUACUUUCCUUCUAAAUGGUCAGGGUGCACUCAGUGAUGGCUCUCAUUUUUUGCUGCUUGAUUAAAAUAAAUGAUCAAGCAAAAAUUCAGAAACUAGCACUGGAUUAUUGUUGCUCUAUUAUUGCAAACAAAAAAAUGUACAUUAAUGUGGCACAAUUGUGUUUUUAGCCAUCUUUGUCACUUCUGUAAUGGCAAAUGGUUUUCUCAGAAGUGUUUUCAAAACGUUAAGUUGUUGACGCAGGUGUUUAAAAUCUCUAGAACGAAUGAAAAAUUUAGAAAAGCAAAAGAAAGUAGAAAAUACAAAAUAAAAUGUGCGUCCAAAGAAAAAGCAAAGGGAGAUGACAGUACAAUGAUUUAGAACAGGCCCUAAUCAAGAAAUGUGCAACGUAAUAGGCCAGAAAAACGUUAGUAUGCAAGUCUUGUUUACCACUUGUGUCCUCGUUAUAAUAAUGCAUUAUUAAUGCAAUUUUAUACAGGAACUAAGAUUAAAUAACGAAAGGCCCCAGCAGAUUUAUGAGUGUUACAUUACAAUGGUAGUACAGUAACUAAUACAACUGCUAGAACAAUGCUAAAUCUAGGAUACCAGAACCAUUUUAUUUGGCACUGCCCAAACAAAUUAGACACAUCAUGUAUCAGUAUGGCUUGUGAUUUUGCCCAGACCAUGUUUGCUUUACUUCUUUAUUCCAUUCAGUACUGUCUUACCUGGAUGUUAUAGUUACUUCACUGAGCUGUCUUAUUUAUCAUGGCACUUACUAUGAAUGGAUAUUUCUAAUGUUUUCUUUAUUGUGAACCCACCCUUUAACAUCAGAUGAAUACAUGUAAAGAGCACCAUGCAUAAAAUAAAGAACUUUGUAGAAAUA